UCAGUGCCAUCUGGACGCCUACAUGAUCCCAGAUGUCUUCUCUGUAAUUAAAGCCGGUACCGACCUGGCCUGGUUCAGCCCAGAUCCAACCUCUCAUUUACUGAGGCCCUCCCUGAAUACUUAAGGAGCUUUCCAGCACUGUGCAGGCCUUUACAGGAGCUCUUUGGAUCUGGAACAUAUUUUCUAAUUUUAUCACCAGAGAAAGCUGGAAGUCUUAAGGUGUUCAAAAUGUCCAUCGCCCAGGCCGCGGCCAAGGCCAUGCUAUCUGAUGCCCUGCUGCAGGAGGGCUCCGGGAUAAACCGGAUCAGUCACCUGGAGCUGGAGCUUCCUCUGGACAAGGUCAUCAAAUUUGUGUCAGUUGGCCUUCCACUGAUGCUGGUGUGCAUGGCGUUCGCCCGUGAGAUCUCCCUGGGUCCUCAGAUCAGCUGUUUCCCUCCCAGCAAUUUCACUGUCAAGCAGGCCAGCUAUGUAGACACAUACUGCUGGGACUCUCUCAUGCAUCAUGAGUUUGACAGCGAUGGGAACUUUGAGGAGCGCUCUCUCUGGGUUCACAAAAUGUUCCCUUACUCUCUUCUGGCCAUGGCGGUGCUGAUGUACCUGCCAGCUCUCAUCUGGCGCCAGCUCGUCAUGCCCACACUGGGCUCAGACCUGCUCUUCAUAAUUGAAGAACUAGACAAGUCAUACAACCGCUCGAUCCGACUUGCCCAGAGCAUAAUAGAUAUGCGCCAAAACACUAAGAACCCACUCACAUUUCAGGCUGAACUGCAGAGGGCCAAGAAGAAGCGAUACUUUGAGUACCCUCUACUGGAGAGAUACAUGCAAUGCAAACAAAACUCCUACUUCCUUGUUAGCAUGCUUUUCUUGCGUGGGUUCCUCCUCCUGACCUUCAUGACUGCUGCCUGUCUCUACUUGGCCUACUUCCACCUCUCAGGCUUCUUGCAGGACGAGUUCAGCUGCUUUGUCCGCACGGGCAUGCUGCGUGACCAGAACUGGGUUCCUGAGCUAGUUCAGUGUAAAAUGAUUGGCCAGUUGGUCUUUCAGGUGAUAAGUGUGGCUAACGGCGCAAUCUACGUCCUGCUGGCUCCAAUCGUUCUCUUCAGCCUGAUUCGGCUCUUUGUUUGGGACACCACCUUCAUCUCUGUCUAUGAAGUCCUCCCAGCUCUGGAUCUCAUCAGCCGCCGCAGGCUAGGCUGCCCACUGAAUGACCUCAAUGUCCUUCUGUUGUUCUUGCGUGCUAAUGUAGCGCAAUUGAAGUCCUAUGGAAAAGUGAGGGCAUUGUGCUCCCUGGCACCGCCACAGGUAGGAAACGCCACUGCAGGACAAGGCUUAAACGCAAUGCUGACCCAAGAAGAGAUAGAAGAGCGUGAAGAGGCUGCAAUGGAGCUGGCCGAGGAGGUGGAGGAGGCCAAGGAGGAAGGGAAGCUCAACUUAGUGGAUAUCAUGACUAUUUUGGGAGCGGCACAGGGAAGAGUGGUAAACUGCAGCGAGAAGAGGCCUCUGGUCGAGGAAAAUAUGAGUCUGGAGCCAAACCACCAGGGGUACCAUGAGUUGAAGGAGACAGCACCAUUUAGUCAUUACUAGGCCUCCUAUGGACUGAAUCAAUGUGAUAACAAUAGGGGGGGGCACUCUCUACAGUAGAUUGUCAAGAAUACUGUACCCACAAAGACUGUGGAAACCAAUCAUGGGUUUCUGUCAUCUGAAGACAAAUAAAAGCCUCUUUUAGAAUUACAGGGCAAAAUUUUUCUGGCUGGAAAUUUCAUUCGAUUUGGAUUUGUCAGUUUUCAACAGCCAUGCAUCUAUAGCUGCCACAGACGUUCCUUCUGUCUGUCUGUCUGUCUUCAAUCUGGUCUCAUUCAUUUUUAAGAAGCCGGGAGUGGCUAGUAGUCAAAGGAAGCAUGCAAGUAAAAGUGGCUGUUAUAAUCGUAGUGUGAGAACACAGAGCAUAAAUCUCAUCUAAGACUGACCAUACAGUGUACCAGAAACUACAGUAUAGGUCAUCAUGACUUAGUUAAAUUGUGUAUUUGUGAGAAAUAGGAGUUGUGAAAGUAUGGAGUAUACUGUAUAUGUCAUUCGAGAAACAGAAACUUUUUUAGUGUAAGUCAUUUUCUGUGACUUAAAAUUUUAUUAACUUAAUAAAAGUUAAAGUUACUGAACAUUGUAAUUUAUGUACUCGCUUUCUUUUGGCUUUCGUCAUUUGUUAUUUACUUUAUCGGCAAAUAAGAUGAGGUUUGUCUUUCUGUGAAUUUUGAGAAUUGUAUUCUAUGUAAUUCUAAAUAAAUGAAG